UGAAAUGUUUCACUUUCAGAUCUGAUUAUUAUGAUGAAAGCUGACCGAGCAUGACCGACAUAUUACGUGUGACACUCCUUGACGUGUGCCAUGGCAUGCGUGAUGCUGUGGUGGGUUCUCUCUUUGUCUUCCGAGUCGACGCCGAGAUGGCGAAGAUACAGGAGGAGAUGAGGAAGAAGAGAGAAGAGAAGAUGAUGGAAGCCAGGCGAAGGCCGCUGCCUCAGAGAGAGAAGAAACAAGAGGAACCUAAGGUAAUGCAUAGAAUCCUCCAAUGCUGUGCCCUGAACGUAGGUGUGUUCUGGCUGAGUCUCGUCGUCUUUAACAAUGUCUUGCUUCCCCUGCUACAGUACGUCACUACUUUCAUUGCAGGUGCGGCGGGGUCAGAGAACUUUGUAUGGGCAUGGAUGAAGCCGAUGCUGUCAUAUACGUUCAGUGCAUUCUGGGUUCUACCCCUCUUCCUGCUAAGUAAGGCUGUCAGUGCGUUAUGGUUUCAGGAUAUAGCAGAUCUUGCCUAUAGAAAGUCCAGAGGUCGGCCCCAGCUACCUAGCCUAAGCAGACUCAUAGCUGAUCUUCUUUUCAGUGUGCUUAUACAGAUACUAUUUCUAUUACAGAGUAUGUUGGUGAGCUUAGUACCUAUAAAAGGAGUGAGCCAGUUCUUGAGUAUGUUUCAUCUAUCAUUGCUCAAUGCUCUAUAUGCAUUUGAGUACAAGUGGUUUAAUAUGGGCUGGGAAGUUCACACAAGGAUAGCGUACAUUGAGACCAACUGGCCGUACUUCUUAGGGUUUGGAUUACCCCUGGCCGUCAUCACAUCACUGCCCAAGUCUUACUUUGUGAGUGGCUGUGUGUUCUCUACCGUCUUCCCUCUCUUCAUCAUCAGCGGCAAUGAGGCUCAGCCUCCACCAAAACCAUGUGACUUCCAAGUACGUCUAUUCUCCUUCGUUGUGGGCGUGGCCAACAAGCUAUUCUACCGGACUGUGAAAGGACCAAUCAGAUCGUCUCGGAGUCGGUGAGAACAAGUCCUGUCUCCAUCACGCUUGUGAUCAAAGCUCAUGAUGGACAUGACGAUUAUUUGUGACAUUUGUCAAAGAACAAUUCAUCUUGGAGUUGGUGAAAACAACCUCUAUAUCCCAGGACACUUACAAUCCAAGAUCAUGAUGGUCACAACUUUUAUCUGUGAUAUUUAUUAUGAACAGAUCAUUUUGGAGUUGGUGAAAACAAUCCCUUAUCCAGGACAUUUAUGAUCCAAAUUCAUGAUGGGAAAAGCUUUCAGUUGUAACUAUUGUUAAUGUAAAAUCGUCAUGAAGUUGGUGAAAACAAUCCAUAUCCUGGAUACUUGUAACCCACGAUCAUGAUGGAAUAUCAAGAACAAAUCUUGAAAACAGUCCCUUAUCCAGGACACUUAUGAUCCAAAUUCAUGAUGGGCAAAGCUUUCAGUUGUGAUUAUUGUUAAAAUAAAAUCAUUCUGAAGUUAGUGAAACAAUUCCUUAUCAAGGACACUUAUGACCCAAGAUGAUGGACAUGGAUGUUAUUUGUUGCAUUAAGAACGAAUUGUCUUUGAGUAUGUGAAACCAAUCCCUCUAUCCAAGACACUUAUGAUUCAGCUCAUGGUGGUCAUGACUUUAUUUUUGACACUUUACCAAUCCAAAGAAAAAAAAAAUCUUCUUGGAGUGGUGAACCAGCCUUGUGAGAUUGCAAUUUCAUCAAACCUUCAGACUAUUGAUCCGUUCUUGUUGUAUCCACCAGUCAAUAAUCAUAAUAAUAAUAAUAUGGUCCAUUUAUAAAGCGCAGCUACUAUAAUAGCAUAUACUCUACUGCGCUUGAUACUUAGUAUCAUAUUAUUACCCCAGCUGUAGCUGAGCUGCCAUAAAAUAGGGCUAAAGCAUCCAAGGAAUAAAUCCUACCGGGUACGCAUUCACUUUACCCGGGUCGAGUGCAGCACAAUGUGGGUAAAUUUCUUGCUGAAGGAAAACACGCCACGGCUGGGAUUGGAACCCAUGUCCCUUUGAUUGAAAGACGAGAGUCGUAACCACUAGACCACGACACCCCCAAUAAAAUAUGCUUGUAAUUGCUUGCCAAUAUUGUUUCAUGAAUUUGUGAUUAUGUAUGUAUUUUACUAUGCAGGAAGUUGUACUUUAUUCAGACAUCUUUUAAGAUCUUUAUAAAUGACUAUUGCUUUCUAAUUUUGUUUAUAAAGAUGAGGGAAAUACUUGGCCUUUCUCACACGUGCAACCUGUUUAACAUGUGUUUUGUUUUGUUAAAUUGCAUUUUGAAAUAAUUAAGCUAAGACUCAAUAUAUAUUUGCAUUGUGACAUUUGAUAUCAGUUUAAGAGUGUUGCAAAGUGUGCGUCAGAUUGAAUUCAAUGAAAUGAAAGCAAUUAAGAAAAUUAUAAAGGUGUAGAUAUACAAUGUGUUCUUUUCAUUCUUUCUUUCAGAAAUCCAUGGUCAUCAUCCUUAGGAUGUCAUGUCUAGGAAAUGGUAUCAUUGCACAAUUAUUUUUCUAGCAACGGCAUCCUUGUAUACAUAUCGUUCUAACAUGAUUGCUGUUCUGGUGUGUUGCUCUUUAUGUGAUAUGCAAUAUGAUUGUGUGAUAUAUUUUUGUAAUAAUUAUUUAUUUGAUUUUAAUAGAAGUUCUUGUGUGAAGAUACCUACACCUACUGUACAUUUGUACGUCUGGGUCUCAUCUUAAAAAGAGUUGCGAUUGAUCCGAUCAUCCACAACUAUGGAAAGCCAACAACGCCAGCAUCUAAAAUGCCAUGUUUAUUCAAAAUGUUUUCUAGAUAAUGAUCAUACAUUCAUUGUUGUCUUGACAAUGCAGUUUGCUCCUCUUUGUUAACAAAGGACUUUGUGCAGAUUUCCUGUUUGAAAAAUUAUGACAGUUAUGGAAGUCCAUACAGUUAUGGUUGAUUGGAUCAAUCGUAACUCUUUGUAAGACGGGACCCUGGUCAUAAGUUGUGUGUAAAGUUAUGCAUAACUUGAAAUCAGCUUCGUGUAUUAAACAUCAGCCCUGUCUAAAAUUAGUACAUUCAAAGAAUGUAUAAUCGAGGGAGCAUUUCAUGAAGGAAUCGAGUCAGUGAUUUCCACUGACAACUGUUAAAAGCUACUGAAAUAACUGCAUCUGAUUGGCUGAGAGCAAAUAUGUCUGUGAAAAUUGAAUCACAGGCGAAACAUGUAAUGGUUCCCAGAUUUUGAUCAUACAUUUGAAUGCUUAUCAAUUGCCAGGAUGCAAACCUAUUUAUUUACACACCCUGAUGAUAAGAAUAUGAGGAUGGUCUAGAGCAAAUGUAAAACAAUACCUGGGUUUUGCAUCAUAAAGAGUUAUAACUGUUGUGACUUUGCCAUUAUGGCAACUACCAUGGCAACAGGGCUCAGCAGCCAAUCAAAACCAAGGUUACUAUGGUAGUUUCCGUAAUGGCAAAGUUUCAACAGUUGGAACUCUUUAUGAAAUGGGCCCCCAGAUCAAUUUAAUGAAUUUUCUUUGCUGCCAUGUGAAAUAAAUAUGUUAUUUAGAAAAGUUA